CAGACGAAACCUCCCUUCAGCUACACCUACCUUAUCACAGCGGCCAUCAACAGUUCAAAUGUCAAGAGGAUGACCCUAUCUGAGAUAUAUCAGUGGAUAGCCAGCAACUAUCCUUACUACCAGAAUGCCGGAUACGGUUGGAAGAACUCUAUAAGACACAAUCUCUCACUGAACAAACACUUCGUGAAGCAGUCCAGAUUAAAAGAUGACCCGGGAAAGGUG